CGUCAUACCCGAGACAUGAAGCUUGCUUGUACUUCUGAAGUUCUUGGUUUUAGGCUAGGAGGUCAGAACAUCUUAUAAUGCGAUUUGACAGAUUAUUCCCGUUUAAUAAAAACAACAGAGACCAGAGCCUUUCACGGGGAUUACAAUCGAAUUGAAGUUUGGCUAUGACUUGGCAUUCGUAGUGAGACAGGAAAAGAGUCACAUGAAUUUAAACUGAAGAUGGCGGAGCAGUAUUCAGCAUCACCAGGAGGCGUCCGGGAUUUGCAAAUUUCAGAAAAUCUGGACCAUUCCGCUGGUGGAAUGUCACAUCAGCAAGACAAUAACGGGCAUUACGCCAACAGCCCCGAAGAAUCGUUCUCUCCUACCUCGGUCAUAUACUUUAAAGAGGCACUAAGUUCUUCUGGGAACAUACAAUUCACAAAGAGGGAUCCCCGGGUUCCCGAUUCGCCACAGUAUGAGUUCCAAAUCCAGAGAAUCAGGAACAAAAACCCCAAGGACCCGAUCGGCAUCGAGCGGCUGAACCUGAUGAACAUGGCCAAGCUGAGCAUAAAGGGUCUGAUCGAGUCCGCCCUGAACCUGGGCCGCACCCUGGACUCGGACUACGCCCCCCUGCAGCAGUUCUUCGUGGUGAUGGAGCACUGCCUGAAGCACGGCCUGAAAAGCAAGAAGACAUUCCUUGGGCAGAACAAGUCUUUCUGGGGGCCACUGGAGUUGGUGGAGAAGUUGACCCCAGAAGCAGGAGAGAUCACUGCCAGUGUCAAGGACCUUCCUGGACUCAAAACCCCCUUGGGCCGGGGGAGGGCGUGGCUUCGUCUGGCUCUGAUGCAGAAGAAGCUGUCUGAUUACAUGAAGACCAUAAUCAACCGCAAGGACUUGCUCAGUGAGUUCUAUGAAGCGAACGCUUUAAUGAUGGAGGAAGAGGGAGCGGUAAUCGCGGGACUGCUGGUGGGGCUCAACGUUAUUGACGCAAACCUCUGCAUGAAGGGGGAAGAUCUGGACUCUCAGGUUGGCGUUAUAGAUUUCUCCAUGUACUUAAAGGACGGUGGGCACAGCAGUAAAAGUGCUGAAGGUGACGGACAGAUAACCGCCAUUCUUGACCAGAAGAAUUACGUUGAAGAACUUAAUAGACAUUUGAGUGCCUCAGUGAACAAUCUCCAAGCAAAAGUGGAUGCACUGGAGAAGUCCAAUUCAAAGUUAACAGAAGAGCUUGCAGUUGCAAACAACCGGAUCAUAACCCUUCAGGAAGAUCUGGAACGGGUAAAGGAGGAGAGUUCUCACAUGCUGGAUUGUGAUCGCAAGGUGUCGAAACCUGAAGAUGCAACGGACGGACAGGUCCUGGGAGAGGCCCGCAAACAGCUCAAGGAGGAAACCCAGCUGCGAUUGGACGUGGAGCGCGAGCUGGAGCUCCAGAUUGGGAUGAAGCAGGAGAUGGAGCUGUCCAUGAAGAUGCUGGAGAAGGACAUCUGCGAGAAACAGGACGCCCUGGUGGAGCUCCGGCAGCAGCUGGAUGACCUGCGAACCCUCAACCACCAGCUGUCCCACAAGUCCCAGGGGUCAGAGGUCACUGUGAAACAGAAGAGUGACAUAAUCAGCCGAUUGGAGGACAAAGCCAAUCAGAUGGCAGCAACCAUCAGACAGCUGGAGCAGAGAUCCAGGCAGGCUGAGCGGGACCGGGACCUGGCCGAUGAAGCCAAUCGCCUCUUCAAGCAGGAGUUUGGCGACAAGAUCGAGAGCCUGCUGCUGGAGGUGGAGCAGCUGCAGAAGCAGAGGCUUGCAUUGGGGAUGGAGUUGAAGAAGGAGAGGGAAAGGAAGGGUGGAGCUGCCCAUGUUGACCCCCCCUCAGUGGAGAAGCCACCCCCUUCCCCACAGAAAGACGUCAAGAAGCAGGUGGAAGACAUAAGAAAGGAGUUGGAGGCAGUCAGGAAAGAGAACGAUCAACUGCGGACAGUGUUGGAGAAGGAAAGUCUUGGUUCAAACACGUCGUCACAAACUGAAGAUGAACAGGUUCAGUCAGUGACUGAAGACAUUCAGCCAUCAAUCUGCAACAUGUGUGAGGACGCGGACUCUUUGACAAGGACCAAGAGACAGUGUGAGAACUGCAGAGAGGUCUUCUGUGAGAGCUGUCUGGCCAAUGAGCUGCCUUUGCCCUCCUCAAUCAAUCCUGUUCAAGUCUGCAACACCUGCCACUCAAAACUACUGCAGCAGUACGCUUCGAGUCCUUCCUGACCCUGCAGGGAACACAAGAACAAAUAAACAUAUGAUUUACUCCAGAUAGGGAAUGUGUGUAACAUUUAGGCCUGAAGCAUACCCUACGCAAGUACGUGAACGCAAAUGACAACGCCAGGCUAACGCACUGCAAAUGCACUGCCCAGUUGUACAUCCUCAACGUGUGUUCUGUCCCUGUGGAGGUAAUAAACCCCAGUCCUCAAGGACAUCACCAUCCAGGACAGUUGUGAAAGACUGAGCAGAAGAAGGCACAAAUGGAAGAAGACUGCUUCAUCCUGUUGUUGCCUGCUAUAGCGUGCCCUCACUGCAAGAUUUAACCCUGCAUCACACACCUGUGUUGCAUUUAGAAGUUCAGGUGACAUAUUUUAGAAUGCAACGAUGCAUGAAAUGCACUUUGCGCGGCUCGAAGCAUCUGCGUUCAUGUAUUUACGUAGGGUAUCUGCUCAUGUAGAAUUAUUGGUAGAAGGGAAUCCUUUGGCAGUGUGCAAGAUCUUAUCAGUGUUGCAUAUGUUCAUGGCUACAUUGAUCACGGUAACAUGGAACGAAUGGAAAAUGGUAAGUGUCCACUGAGUGGAUUGAAACUGCACAAGUGCAUGCCAAUAUAAGCUCUUGCAGCACAAGCUUAAGGGAAUACGCUAUUGAUAAAACAGUGUCUGGGAUGAAUUGCAGUUGAAUUGUACUCAGAGAAAUUUCCCCUUUACGCCAGGGGUCGGCAACCCUGGUCCAGGAGAGCCGCAGGGUGUGCUGGCUUUUGUUGUUACUCAGCACUUAAUUGAUCAAUGAAAGCAGUCGAUUGCACAGUUAACUUGCCUCACCUUGUUUCUUUGGUCUGAAUCAGUUGCUGAUUUUGAGGUGAAAACAAAAUCCAGCACACUGCGGCUCUCCAGGAUCAGGGCUGCGACCCCUGUUUUAGGGUAAGGCAAGACCUGCCAUUCAUGUUAUCAUCAUGCAGUUUGCCUGCCAGCCUGAUCUUGGCCUUUUCUCCAUUAUGGAACACACAUUUUAUCUAGUCAUUUCAAGACGCUACCAAAACACAAUGGUGUUUUCGAAAGGGCAACAGUGCAUUGCAAACAAAGGUUCCAGUCUAUAUUUUAGCAAUCACUGUUCUUCAGAGAAGUAGUUGCUUUUGUUGAAUUGAAUUGCUGGAUCUCUCAAUGCAAAAAAUGUUUUUUAGAUGCUCCCAUUGGUUUUCUAACUGAAUUGAGAGGAGUACCUAACUGAAGUGACAGUGUUUUACUUCAUGAACACCAUUUUUAAUCGCAUUUGUGGGCUUUUUUUUUUUUUUUUUUUUUGCCUUUUGGCUACUUUUCUCCAGUAACCACUUUUUUUCCCCACAGUGUCUGACUGGGUAAAAAUGGAAUGUGCAUCAUAUCAAAGAGAGUUCAUUAAAGCUUUGUACAAUCAAGCUUUAUCUGCAUUGCUUUAUUGAAGUCCUGUGAGCUUUUCUCAUGGCAUUGUAAGCUACUAGCUGUUGUAACUGGAAAUUAUGGUGUAAUAUUUUUCUGGGGUUCAUUUCAAAUGAUUGCUGAACAAUAAACUUUUAUUAAAACGCA